GCGGGGCAGGCGGCACUUCGCCAGCUGCUGGCCGCUGUUCCCGGCAGCUGCUCGCUCUUCCGCCUAGCUGCCAGGCGAGGUUAGCCUUGGGUUCCGCAUGAUCUCCCCGUCCCUCUUGUUGCUGCUGCCGCUGCUGCUGUUGGGCGCGGGCGUUGCGGACGCCUCUUCCCACGCCCUGCGUUAUUUCUUCACCGGCGUGUCAGAACUGGGCCACGGCCUGCCACGGUUUGUCAUUGUGGGCUACUUGGAUGAUCAGCAGUUUGUCCACUACGACAGCGAUUCCCGGAGGGACUUGCCACGAGGGUCCUGGAUUCAGAGGGUGGAUGAAGAUGAUGCCCAGUAUUGGGACUGGCAAACUCAACUCUCCCACAGCUGGGAACUCUACUUCCAACUGAGCCUCUGGAACCGCUUCAACCAUACCCCGGGCCUUCACACCUGGCAGUGGAUGCACGGGUGUGAGCUACGUCAAGAUGGACGUAAAGAAGGCAGUUCUCAGUUUGGCUACGAUGGAACAGACUUUCUCAGCCUGGAUAAAGAGACCCUCACCUGGACAGCAGCCAACUGGCGGGCUCAGGUCACCAAGAGGCAAUGGGAGGCUGAUCUGGUUUGGACCGAAAGCCGGAAGAACUUCCUGGAAGGAGACUGCAUCGAGUGGCUUCACAAAUAUCUGAAUUAUGGCAAGGACUCCCUACUCAGAAAAGAACCUCCAGUGGUGACAGUCACCCAGAAAGGGAGCUACAACGGACUGGAGAUCCUCAUCUGCCGUCUGCACGGCUUCUACCCCAAAAAGGUUGAUGUCACUUGGAGGAAGGGUGGGGAAAUCCUGGAGCAAGAGACCUUCCGGGGAGGGAUCACUCCCAAUUCAGACAGCACUUACCACACCUGGCUCAGCAUUGAGAUCGACCCCGAGGAGAGGGAGCACUACAAAUGUCACGUGGAGCAUGACGGUCUUCUGAACCCUCAGGAUUUCUCCUGGGAGAAGCCUGUUUCAUCUGCCACAGGGAUCCUCGUGGGUGGUGUCCUAAGUGCUCUAGCUGCUGUGGUCUUGCUGGUAAUUGGGAUCCUGUUCUACGCCAAAAAAUGGCGGAAGGGCUACCAAGCUGCAUCAGGGAACAGCGAAGAAUCUGCUUCUUCUGGCAAUGAUAUAGUGGCAUGAUGCAGGAACAAUUAUCCCGAUCAGAAGUUUCCCCACCCGAAACUCAUCAGAUGUAUGGAAGCCACAAUUGCAACCCAGGAAGAUGCUGGACUGGCUGGCUAGAUGGCCAUCUUUGUAUCUUUUUUCUUCCUUCUACUUCCGUAGUUCUGGCGAUCCCCUGGGAGAGUUCACUGAUACUGGAUUAAGUUUUCUUCCAUUGCCUUUUGGCUUCGAUGGCAUGAGAACCUAACCGAAGGACAUAAAAAUGUGAUAAAGAUUACUCCUUGCAGGAUUAUCUUUGAUUUUUGAGAACACCUCCCAGUUUUUGAGCCAUCUAUGUGAUCUUCUGUAAUCUUCUGACCCAGUUCCCUACCUCCGGCGCCGGGAGCAACUUGGCUGUUAUUAGAAAUAAGUAUUUAGCAAGUUUAAGGAGACAGCACUGUUUUAAGUCCACUCCUUUUGCAUUCUGUGGUACAAAUGAGCUGCGUUGGAAAAUAAGAAUACAGAUAGUCCUCAACAUA